AUGGACCAAGAACAAAAACUACAUAGCCCAACCGGCCACAGUCACUCACCCUCUUCCUCUGCCUCUGGUUCCACCUCAACGGAAACAGUUCGAUCACGAUGGUCACCUAAACCGGAACAAAUACUCAUACUUGAGUCGAUCUUCAACAGUGGUAUGGUUAACCCUCCCAAAGAAGAGACGGUAAGGAUACGAAAGAUGCUAGAGAAAUUCGGCGCGGUGGGAGAUGCAAAUGUCUUCUAUUGGUUUCAAAACCGGCGGUCAAGAUCCCGCCGAAGGCAGCGGCAACUCCAGGCCGCAGCUGCAGCCGCGGUCGCAACCACCAAUACUUGUGACCAGACCAUGAUGGUGAGCAACAGCUUACCACAACAUAGUGUGAGUGAUUUGGGGUUUGGAGGUUGUAGCACUUCUUCUAAUUACUUAUUUGGUGGGUCAUCUCAAGUUCCUUCCUUUUUUCUCGGUCUCUCUUCUUCUCCUCCUUCUUGUUCAAGCUCAUCUUCCACUUCUUCUUCAGCUAGCUCUUCUUCUUCUUAUGGCGGUGGAUGUGAUAAUCAUAGCAAUAGUGGCAUUGAGAAUCUCUUAACAAUGUCUGGUCAAAUGGGUUACCAAGAAGCCGGUCAACCUCAUUAUCAACAUCCUAGCUCAAAUGGCACAUCAAUUUUGUGUCCAUCUGAUCAAAGCUCCAAUUAUCAUUACCAACAAGGGUCUAUAACGGUGUUUAUUAACGGAGUUCCGACAGAAGUGACGAGCGGAGGUAUAGACAUGAAAGCAACGUUUGGAGGAGAUAUGGUUUUGGUGCAUUCCUCAGGUGUUCCUCUUCCUACUGAUGGGUUUGGUUUUUUGAUGCAUAACUUACAACAUGGUGAAGCUUAUUUCCUGGUUCCAAGACAGACAUGAACUGGCUUUACUUUUGUGCUAUGUGGUGUUGAAACAGAUGCCUUGUUAUUCUACCUCAAACUCUAUUGCUACGGUCCAUCAGUUUUUUUGUUUCUUUUCUUUUUGAGAUCGUGUAAU